AUGCCAGUUCCUACUAUCAGCUUACACGAUUUCGACAAUCGUCGUCAAGAAAUCAUCGAUGAACUGAUGGAUGCAUCUACAAACGUUGGUUUCUUUACAUUGGCAAAUCACGGUAUCUCUCCUGAAGAUGUACAGACUGCGUUCGAGCUAUCUAAGCAGUUCUUCGCUCUUCCCGAUGAAGUAAAAUCUAAAACUCCAUUAAAUGGAAAGAACGCAGGAUGGGAGAAAAACACUCAAGUUAGACCUUCAACAGGUACGGCAGACCAAAAAGAAUCUAUCCAAUUACAAUUCGCAAGAAUGGAAGGACUUUGGCCUGCCGAUGAGGACAUUCCUGAUUUCAGAGUGAAAGCAGAGAGGUUCAUGCGUCAAAUACGAGACCUUUCCGUCAAAGUAAUGGAAUGUUUCGCAGAAGGUCUUGGACUUCCCCUCAAUACUUUCACUGAAGGGACCGUUGAUCCAGGAGUAGGUGAUUCUCAAGAUGUCUUGAGACUACUACACUAUCAUUCUACGGAAGGAAAGACCUUUGGAUCAAACUUCUGGCGAGCUGGAGCACACGCAGAUUUCGAUGUCCUCACAAUGUUGUUCCAGAGAGACGGCGAAGGUGGACUUGAAGUUUGUCCUGGACGAAAAGUAGUCGGUGAUUUCGGCAUGGGCCAAAAUUGGUUACCUGUAGAAGCUAGACAGGAUAGGAUAGUGUGUAAUAUAGGAGAUCAAUUAAUGAGAUGGUCAGAUGAUAGAUUAAAAUCAACUUAUCAUAGAGUUAGGUUACCUGAAGGACAAGAAAGUAGAGGACCAAGAUAUUCCAUCGCGUUUUUCAAUCAAGCUAGAACUGAUUCAAUAAUUCAAGGACCUCAAAAGAAAUACCCUCCCAUCACUGGCGGAGAGUUUAUCGCUGAAGCAAUGGCUAAAAAUCGAAUGCAAUCUGCUGAAAUCGCUAAAAAAGCAGCAUUGGAAGAUGCAGAUAAAGUAGCUUCAGCAAUUCAUUUUGUGCCUCGACAUCUCCAAGCCGCUGCAUGA